CUGCCUCAACAACUUCAGAUUUGAGAAUUCAUUCGUGUCAGUAACAUUUCGAGAGCGAUAAUUCUAACAGUCUCUGAAUCUUUUGUUGAUCAAAGUCAAGAGUAGUGAAUACUUGUUGAAAAUGUCUCUUCUACCGUAUAUUUUGGAUGCCUACACCAGACCAUCCCGUCUUUUGGACCAACAUUUUGGCCUAUCUUUGGAUGCCGACGACCUCUUGAGCCCAAUCACCGAUCCUAGUAUGCUUGCUGCUUAUCUGAAGGCUCAUCCAACUGUUGGUUACAUUCGCCCAUGGAGAACAUCGAUGUCGCAGAGAGAUGUCGGCUCAACAAUUUCCAUCGACAAAGAUAGGUUUCAAGCCAAUUUGGAUGUGCAGCAAUUCAAACCUGAAGAAAUUACUGUGAAGGCGACUGGAAACAAUACCAUCACGAUUGAAGGAAAGCAUGAAGAGAAAGAAGACGAUCACGGUUUCAUCUCCAGGCAUUUUGUAAGAAAAUAUGUCAUUCCUAAAGACUGCGACUAUAACAAAGUCGAGUCCAAGUUAUCUUCGGAUGGUGUACUAACCAUCACAGCACCGAGAAUCAACGUUGACAAGAGCAUCGAUCACAAAACCAUUCCAAUCAUGAAGACUGGUCAGCCUGCCAAGGUAGAACAGAAGAAGCCGGAGAAGGAAGAAAAGAAAGAAAUAAAAUAAAUUGAAGUAUUUUUUCUCGAUAUUUCUAUGUAUUUUGUAUGUUAAGUUGUUGAAGUAUUCUUCUAGAUUUUCAUCUAGCUUUUGUAAGACUGUUUUACAUUCCUAUACUUUUUUUGUUUCAAUAAAUGAAUUCUUAAGUAGGUA